GAUAAUUCGCGGUACGAGGUUGCUCCCGAUUUGUCGGAGUAGGGUAGGUCGGUAGGAUCGUGGCUCUCGGGAUAGGAAUGGCGAGGAAACCAAAACAAAUUUGAACCGUAUAUGUGUGGUCGCGGUGACGCAGAGCCGAAUUUCGAAGUGUCGAGGCGCGGUCCCCGUCCGAAGGAGUUCGCCCAGAGUCGAACGUUCCGAGAGAUAAACGAGAGUGCGAGAUGAGUGCGAGUAUGAAGGAGACGGUGCAUAAUUUGAGCAGCGUCGUGAACAACGAGCACGUCCACGGGAAUGAGGAGGCAGUGAUCUCCGAGGAGUCGCCGGCCAAGCAGAAGCUGAGGAGCUGGCUGAAUCGACAUCUGCGAAUCGAGAUGACGGACGGGCGGGUGUUGAGAGGAGCGUUCCUGUGCACGGACCGCGACGCCAACGUUAUUCUGGGCUCGUGCACCGAGUACCUGUCCACGGAGCACACGGAGGCGAGAGUUUUAGGCUUGGUGAUGGUGCCCGGUCGACACAUUGUCUCGAUACAUUUAGACGUUUGAGGCGGCGCCGUUCACUCGCAAGUCUGUAAAUACCCCCCCUUCCUAUGUUUAUUUAUUACGUUUUUGACGUGUGCGCUAAGUGUUGAAUAUAUAUACGAAUAUAUUGUAAAUAUUGUCUUUAUACUUUGAAAACUUGAUUUUUGUGAUACGAGAGUAGAUUUGCGAAAAAUCGACGGGUACAAGUCCUGCUGUUAAUCGUUCGUACAUCCGCGGCACUUAUUUCGAACAUAUUUAUAUUACAGCUAUUAAUUUUUUUAUUCAAGCAAACUUGAAAAAAAAGAUAUUACAAAUACAAUACAAAAAAAGUAAUAGUUUCGGAAUACAUGAUUAGAUUAAACAGAAUAAUGAGACACACUUUAUUCCGAUCAUAUUUUUACAAUAAAGAUGUUAUGAAAUCUAGAUUGUAAGAGAAAUACUUAAUAAAAUAAUAUUUGAAAUUGUGUAA